GUAACUUUCAUCUGUCCUGCCUGCUCGGACGAUUAGUCUGGACUUUUUAUCCGAACAUACCAGCGUUUGAUCAUUUGUGUAAAAACGAGCUGAGUCGUUCCCUAUCAACUUAGCUUGGCGCUCACUGUCUGCAGAACGGGGGCGAGCAGUUUCGCUGACAGGCAGUCCUGAAGGUAGCCCGAAUUGGACAGCGACUUGCCACUCCGAGUUGUGUACUCGAAGAUCUACUCGCUUGUAAUCGGUCGAAGCAGCGACUGCUAAACCAUAAUGCCAUCGAGCACAAGUCGCAGCUGCACCCGAUCAUGUCUCCAACCCAGCUGGCCUUCGUGAUCGCUCCUGAAUCCAAAGCCCAAGGCUUAGCUGCGUGCAAGAGUCAUCCUCACAUCGUAGUAUUCCUGGGGUGGUUCCACGCCAAACUGUCCCAUUUGAGAUCUUAUUCCGCACGCUACUCGUCGAUGUACCCCAGCGCCGUGCAGAUUGUCAUCCAGUCGGACUUUCAGACGGUGGCCGGUAUCCAGGCGGCAAACAUCGCGAAGCUUGGCCCAGCAGUGGAUCUGCUUGCGGAGUACGGUGUUCUCAGCGCUGCCCCGCCUCCCAUGCUAUUCCACGUGAUGUCUGGAGGCGGUGCAGCGCAGAUGUACCUUCUCUCGCUCGCCAUCAACAAACGACAUAUCCCCAGCAUUCCGCCCUCACACAAAGUACCCUUCGCGCUCGUCUUCGACUCCGGUCCCGGCAGCUAUGUCCGUGUCGACCUCCGCAGAGCGGUCACGGCAUCCGUUCCUGCUGGUCUACGGCGACUGGUGUUUCUGGGAGUGGCAGAGCUGGCCGUUACCCAUCUGCAAGCUCGUGCAGCCAUCUGCUUAGGGAAGAUGCCCCAGGAUACGAUCGUGCCGGCUCUUGUGAAUCCGAGCCUGUUUCCAUGGAUGGACAGGGCAACUCCGCGGCUGUAUAUCUUCUCCGACGCCGACCGCGUGAUCCCUGCGUCGCGCGUCCGGGCGCAUCUUCGUGCAGCAAGAGAGAACGGCCUGAACGUGACGACGGAGGAGUUCAGCGGCACUGCGCAUGUCCGGCACGCAUUUGCCGACCCUGAGAGAUAUUGGCGCUCUGUAGACAACAUAUGGCGCGAGGCGAAUGCUAUCAAAGGCCAGAGUAGGCUCUAGGUACUACGGCGUCCCAGAAUGCAUGGAUUAUACCCGAGGUCUAUCGUGGCAUCUGAGAUCGAGGAAAGUAGAUCAAAUUAAA